AUGUUGUACACAUGCAUACAUGCAGAUCAGGAAGAUGAGACGCCUGUCAAGAAUCAGAAGAAGCCUGCAUGUGCCCCGAAAAGCCAACCAAAGACCAAGAAGACAGCACUUAAGCAGAAUGAAAAGGAGCCGAAGACCAAGAAACCAAAGACGAGCAAAGAUGCUUCGACAGUGACUCCCAGAAGCAAGGCAUCGAAGAGGUCAGCACAGACUCCUCAGGAAGAUGCACCUAAGAAGCCGAAAGCCGGAGCAAAGACUGCAGCAAAGAGCAAAGCUAAGGCAAAGGCGGCAAAGGGAGCAGAGACGACACCCCCCGAAGCUGAACCUUUGCCUACACCUGCAGAUGCUUUGACUGGGGAUAUGCCAGGGAGUUCAGCCAACCUCAAGCCGACUAGGGUUCGCAAACCACCUGUUUCUGCGGAACCUGUUGAAGCGGUCACCAGUUUGGAUACUCCUGCAGUGAAAAAAACGACUGGUAACCUUUCACCUGCUGAGUCCCUCCCUGCCCGAAAACCUGCUGUGGCUCCAGAUGCUCCUACUGUGUCCCGUGGUGAUGUGUCUCAUGAUGACCCUGGGUCUUGCAACACGCUGCAGAACGCGCUUGAGUUGCUGAAUGUGCAGUGUCCUCCAAAGCCGGCGAAGGAUGUGGAUUCUGUGUCAGAAGCCACAACGUUGUUGGGAGGAAGCCAAGAGCAGCCAGAAAUGCUGGCCUUAGCUGCUGCCAUGGAGCGCAUCAAGAUGCUUGAGGCCCAGGUGGCAAACAAAGAGGUUGCCAGUGCCCCGUCGCCUUUGCAACGAGCUGCGCCUUUGACUCCAGCUUCCAUUGCAGCUGCUGAAUCUGACUCUGUCAUGGUGGUGCCAAAGGAAGCUGAGUAUUUCCAAGAUGCCCAGAGUAAUCAAUUCACUGCACCGCCGGAAUCCCCUGCAGAGACAAUUCCUGGAACUCUGGUUGAUGGAGAUGGCAGUCAGCCAAUUCAUCUUGAGCCAGAGGUUGGUGGCUCACUGGGUGCACUUGUGAUGGUGCCACCUGCUGAGGAUGAGAAAGCCGAGAAGCUUGCCAUGGAACGUGAAGACUUGUUGAAGCAUGCAGGAUCACAUGUGCAGCCUUCAAAGCAGCAUGUGCAGCCUGCAAAGCAGGAUUGGAAGUUGAUGGAUAUCGAUCAGGGGAUCCAGCAUGCUGAAAACCUCUGCCAGGAGCUCCAUGAGGAACAGAUCAUGCAGCUGCUUUCGAUGGAGAAAUUCAUGGUCGCUGCUUCUUGCAAAGGUGAAACUGGAACGAUCGACGUUGCGAAGCUGCCUGAUUGUGCCAGGGUGGAAUUCUUCACCAUGGUGGAAGAGAUGGUGCUUGCAAAUCGCAAGAAGAUUUCGACCCCUGGACCAAUCAUGCCCCCAAAGCCUCCUGCUCCUCCAACUGCACCAGUGCCAAAGCCUGCAACUGCUGUGGUGGUUGAGCCUGCAAAAGGUCUAGAGAUGGCCCCAAAGCUUGUGCUGCCUCCAACCCCACCAGUGCCAACGGCUGCGACUGCAGCGGUGGUUGAGCCUGCAAAGGUUCCAGAGAUCGUCCCAAAGCCUGUGGAGCCUGUGGCAGUGCCUCCAACGGCACCACCGUUGGUUGAGCCUGCAAAGGUUCCAGAGAUGGUCCCAAAGCCUGUGGAGCCUGUGGUGGCAGUGCCUUCAACUGCACCAGCGGCAACGCUUGUGGCUGAGCUUGCGGUGGUUGAGCCUCCAAAGGUUCCAGAGAAUGCAGCUGCACAUGCUCCAGCACUACAGCCUGCACCAGUGGCUGCCCCCAUUCAGAAGAACUCCAAUGCUGAUUUGGCAAUGUUGGCCAAGGUAACGCCCUCUGAGCCUGCUGCUCCAAGUUUGGCUGAGGAUCCACCCACGCCAGCUGUGCCAGCUGAGGUGGUGUCACAGUUGGCCCCACCAGAUCGGACGCUGGAGCUGAAUGGGCUUCAAGCUUUGAUGACUGCCCAAAAAGCUCGUGAGCAGCAGCGUUUGGCCUUGGCGCAGGCUGCAGCUCCGACGGCGAAUCUGGCCCCUGACCGUCGACGACUACUUCGACAAUGGGUGGAAUCUGGCUGCAACCCGGCAGCGGUUGAGGCCAUGGUGGUUGUGGAGCGCUCCAAAGACCACACGGUGGGUCGCACCAAGGAGUUGCUGAGCGUGCAGGAGAUGAGGGCCAAGGGAUGGCCGGAUUGCAAAAUUCGGUCGAUAGUGGCACGUGGGGGUGGGGUGCCUGACGAAGAUGCCCCCGAGAUCCCGGAACUUAUGAAGUUCUGGUGCUGUGUGUCCACGCAGCAGACGGACCAGGAGCGAUUUAGCCAGAGGGCUUCUGCAACUCUUCAAGCUCAAGCUGAUGGAAGCUUCAUGGACGGUCUGUUUGGUGAUAGCUCUUUGGGGCAAGCUGGACAAGGAUCCCUCAAUGCUGCAGCAAUGAACCAGCUGAUGAAUCAGCCGGCCGUAGCUGCAGCUGCACCAUCUGCUGUGGCUCCCCCAGGACAGCUGGGUUGA